AGCGGCUCCGUCUCCUGCCUGGACUUCAGCAGCGAUGGGAAGUACCUGGCGUCCUGUGCCGACGACCGCACGGUGCGGCUGUGGAGCACCCGGGACUUCGCGGCCCGCGAGCACCGCUGCCUGCGUGCCAACGUGGGGCUGGACCACGCCGAGCUGGUUCGCCUCAGCCCCGACUCACGGGCAUUCAUCGUUUGGCUGGUGAAUGGCGAGACUAUUCGUGUCUAUAAAAUGACUAAGAAGGAGGAUGGCAACUUCACCUUCACUGCAGCCUCAGGGGACUUCCCAAAGAAGCACAAAGCUCCCAUCAUUAACAUAGGAAUUGCAGAGACAGGAAAGUUCAUCAUGACAGCUUCCAGUGACACUACCAUCCUGAUAUGGAGCCUGAAGGGAGAAGUCCUGGCCAGCAUUAACACUAACCAGAUGAACAAUGCCUAUGCCACCGUGUCACCCUGUGGGAGGUUUGUGGCCUCCUGUGGCUUCACCCCCGAUGUGAAGGUGUGGGAGGUGUGUUUUGGCAAGAACGGCGAGUUCCGGGAGGUGACCAGGGCUUUUGAGUUGAAAGGCCACAGUGCUGGUGUCCAUUGCUUCUCCUUCUCCAACGACUCCAGGAGGAUGGCCACCGUUUCCAAGGACGGGACGUGGAAGUUCUGGGACACGGACGUGGAAUACAAGAAGCAACAGGAUCCCUACCUCCUGCUGACGGGGCG